ACUUACUAACGUUCGGAUACCACAAUCACCGUGGAGAAAUGCAGUUUGAUCAAUUAAGAUGGCCAAGUGAAAUCCUUCUUUAGAUGAGACGUCCUAUCUAAACUUAGGUAGUAAGUUUAGGUAGUUUUAGGUAAAAAGUCCUCGAUAAUUAAAAUACUUAAAUUUAGCGAAGAAAGACAAGAAUGACACAUAGGAAAUUGAAGAGUUCUUAUUUCUCAGCCAUUUAAAAAAAUAUUAAGUCGAAACUCCAAAAGAAAAUUCUCAAGUUGCUACGUAAAUGGGGCAAAUUCGUGGCAAGGGAGGCCUUGAGAGUAGCUAAUCCCGACUAAAUACAAGGAGAGGUUGCGUGUGAAUGCCGGCGCACAGAAUCAAGACCACCUAACGUCACGACGACGAUGAGAUAAAUAAUCGCGAUGGGUGGGCGCUCGCGCGUUUCCAAAACGGGCACGGGUUGGCGAGGGAACACCUUAUGGGUCCCCGUAGGGAGCCGGGGCACCUCUGUUGCCCCCAUAAGGUGGUACAGAGCUCCAGCCGUGUGUGAGAAUCCAUUCCAGUCGAUUUCACAGGGGUUGCAGGGGGUCCACUUCGGAUUUCGCUUUCUUUUCUUGGGUCCUGUCGCCCCUUCUUCUUUUCUCCCCGUGUUUUUUUUUUUUUUGCUUUUAGAACACUCUCGCGGUGUUUACACACACCUAACCGUGAACCCACCCGAUCGGGAUACUCGAUAAGAACCCCGCUGGCGCGACUUCGAAUGGAUUUCGUGGAAAUUGGGCGACAUUGCGUCACGUUGGCUCGUUAAGUGUGAAUAUUGUCGCUGAAUAUUGCGGUGAAUGGGUGAGAUGUUGAUUUACGUUGGGGAGAAAUUCUGGAGACAUGUUCGGAUGAAUGGAUGGAUGGUAGUUUUCUUUUUUUUUUAAUUUUUGAAAUUAAUGGUAACGGCGGUAGAUCUUUGUUUUAGUGGCAAGAAGUUCGGGGAGCAAAGAGAUGGACGUGAGUCUAUACAAGAAAGAAAAAUAUAUAAUGGAUAUAAGAGGAGAGAUACUGUUACCGAUUUAUAUUUGUAUGAACUUCUAUUUUAUUUAAUUACGAAAAUCUGAAAGAAGAAAUUUUUCAUUUAUUUAAAUACGUGAAAUAAUCGAAAUAACGAAUCUCUCUAAAAAGAAGUCUCAAACUACCACGUGAUUGUAGGUCUUCCGAGUAUAGAUUAACUCCUCAAAAUACGAAAAAAAUAAAAACCAAAUAAUCUUUCCACUCCAAAAAACCGAAUCACUCCAUUCUCACUUUAUUCAUAUCCCCGAAACCAGAAUCUAUUUCCGAAAAGGCACCGAUGAAAUCGAUACCAGGUCAAUUGAAAUUCUUCCCUGAAGACACGAAAGAGGAAUUGUCUCAUUAGGUGGACAAGAGUAGCAAGUGUCCGGUAGCCGUUCCGGUAACCGCGACUCCGGUCGCUCACCUUUGCCGCGUAAGGGCACAUAGAGGUGGAUUAGGUGGAGAAGUUGGGAUGAAAGGUUAAAUAGGUGCUAGUGGGUAGCCGGAAGGUGGGUGUACUCGUUAGUGUGUGAUCCCGCCUACCGUCCAAUGCGGUGGCUGGUUUCCCAGGGGACUCCCUAGCCUCUCACGGCCGGCUUUUGUGGUCCCUUCUCCUUCCACGUACUCGUACGGCACUCUUUUGCUUUCAGGAGGAGGACUUGGUGUGUCGGUUUGCAUCGUGCGCGAUAAUAGUCACCGCGGGUUCCCGGUUAGCGCGCGUUUCAGAACCGAGCGGCUCCUUCGCCUGUCCUCGGCUUGCUCGCGUGCGGUAUCCAUCCGGCGACGCCAGUCCUUUCGAUCGACCGAUCGAGGCCAGAUCGAUCGUCCUCUCGGAGGAUCCUAGGACCUCGUGUUCUUCUCCGACCUCAUAUUCUCCUCGAAUCUCGCGUCGUAUCGCUUCUGAGAAUUUUCCAACGUAAUAUCCGAAGCCCGUCAAUCGUCAAAGUUUUUUUUGUGUCGUUACCAGUGAACAAUAACAACAACCUCGAGGCUGGGCUAGGGAUUAACGAACGUUGCCGAGGACCGUGCGUCCUUUGGAGAGAUAAUUGGUCGAGGCUGAAUGACUUUGUUUUGUGUACGAGUCGAAUGUCGACGAACGAGCAGUGUUGAUCGAACCGAGUCAGUCUCGCGUUCGCGGUUCGGUAGAUCGAUCGUCGAUUCCUGGUUCCCAUCUGUGACAGGUGAUGGUGGAUCGCGGUGGACUUUUUUAUACGAGGAGUGCUUAGAACGUCGAGAGACAGAAUGUUGUUCAAGGGGAACAGUUCCAGGCUGGAGUUGUUGAUAGGGAAGAUCCAGGCCCACAAGGAACCGUCUCAGGAAGACCAACAGAAAUCCAAAGAGGCCUUGGGGACCGGAAGUUCGUCGUGGCACAGCGAGGAUGGCGGGCCGAACUCGCGUCGCGGAGGAGAGACGCCAUCGUCUUGCGCGACGCCAACGUCGGCCAGCUUCCCGUCGGAGCCUGAAGUCGACGCCGACGUCGGCGUCAACGCCGACGGCAACAACGCCACCGCGCCUUAUCCUUGCCAAUUCUGCGAUCGAACUUUUCCACGGCUGAGUUACCUCAAGAAACACGAACAGAGUCACGGCGAUCAAAUGCCGUAUCGAUGCAGCUGGUGUGCCAGGUUGUUCAAGCACAAGCGCAGCAGAGAUCGACACGUGAAGCUCCAUACAGGAGAUCGGAGAUACCGGUGCACACACUGCGAAGCUGCCUUCUCCAGGAGCGACCACCUGAAGAUCCACAUGAAGACUCACGACACCCAGAAGCCCUACCAAUGCACAGCCUGUUCUCGAGGCUACAACACCGCAGCUGCAUUAACGUCCCACAUGCAGUCCCACAAGAAGCACCACCAGUCUCAAGGGGCUACCAAGCUGCAGGACGUGGACUAUGGCAGACGAAGCGUCUCCUCGCACAGCACCUCCUCUCCUCCUGUUCCCAGUUCCCCGUCGCCGUCCUUAAACUUAACCCUAAAUCCAAAAACAGGCCUAAAGAGCUCCCACGGGAGCGCCUCUACCACGCCGAUCCUCACUUCUCCCCUGAAGCUCGCCUGCAUGUACUGCACCAGGGACUCGUUCAGCUGCAUGCAGCAGUUGCAGAUGCACGUGCACACGAUGCACCAAGCGAUCCUCAGCGGCGAGAACGUGACGGUGCCGCCGUCGCCUAGCAGGAGCAACGAGCAACUAGGCUACCAGCGCGACAAGUCGAAUCAUCAAGCGUCCUCCAAGGACCACGAGAGGAAGUACCAAGAGGACUCCGAGAGGUCCUUGGAGAAGGAGCACUACGAGAACGCCUUCACCUGUAACCAAUGCACAAUGAAGUUCUCCACGUUGAGCACUCUGAGGGACCAUCUGGUCUCCAUCCACAGAAACGACGGUUUCGGUUCUGCAUUAAUGAUGUGUCCUCUGUGUGGGAUUCCUUGCACCUCUGCGGCAGCCUACGCGGAGCACUACGUCCUCCAACACUGCGAAAACAGGCGGAUGGGGCCACUAGAAGGUCGAGAGCUUAUGGAUAAGAACAAUGGAAGUUAUGGAGACUCGAAGAGCUGCAGAAACCAAAAGAGCAGGGAACAGACAAUUUCUGAGCCUGCAGACCUCACCAGCAAGCAUUCCAGGCCAACGGAGAGCAGUUACACCGCGGGUACUCUCCUCUGUGGUCAGUGUGGAGCUGCUUUGAAGGACUUCGAGUCCUUCAGGGAGCACCUGGCCAGGCAUCUCCAAGCUGACCAUAGGAACGACGCCAUAAGGCAUCCCUGCCCCAAGUGUGAAGCUGCUUUUCCAGAUAGAGAGGAGAUGCUGACGCACCUGACGAAGCAUUACCUGGGUCAGGUCAGCAAGGAGUAUGCCUGUGGGGCCUGCAAGAAGCUCUAUCCCCAUCCAGACCUUCUGCAGAGGCACUUGUUGGAUAGCCACGCUCACCAUCUCUACAGGUGCGCUCUCUGCAGAGACACCUUCGACUCCAGGGUGGCGAUACAGGUACACUUCGCUGUGAAGCAUAGUCAGGAGUGCAGGAUAUAUCGCUGCAACGUCUGCACCGUUUCUAAUAACGAGAACUCGCCCGGGAAUGCGCCUGGUGAGGGAAGAAGCUUCUUCAGGAGCGAGGCUGAAAUGGCUAGCCAUGUCAGGAACGUCCACGCGCCGCCCACGGUGUCUAAUAGUAGCCCUGCGGCGAGGAGUCCUGCGUCCACGCCUGGGAUGACGGGAAACUCUGGACCUAGAUGUGUUUUCUGUGGGAUCUGUUGUAACUCGGAACUGGAGCUGCAGUUGCAUCUAGCCAGCCACUCGACUAGUCUCUACAGGUGCCCCAUCUGCAGGGAGGGCUUUGCUGUUGAGUUCUUGUUGGAUAGACACAUCGCACAGGCGCAUCAUUCUGUCGAGCACCAGGCUAACACCAGGAGUAACUCCAGAGAGAAUGGACGCAUAGGAAGACUGCCUAGGUCGUCUCAGGAGGAGCCAAAGUCCCAGAAGAGGGGUCGUUCUCCAGCCUCCAGCAACAACAACUCCUUGAACCAGCGGGACAACAACAACAAACGACCAAACUACACCAGCACAGGGGCUCAACAGUGCGAGCUGUGCGAGAGGGGGGAGUUCGCGAACGAGGCGGAACUCCAAGCCCACAAGAAGCUGGCCCACGCGUCAAAGCUGCAGAACAAGUCGCUCUCGAGCCUUAGCAUGACUUGCGCUUACUGCGGCGAGGUGUGUCGUUCUCGGGCCGAGCUGGAGUCACAUACGAGGAUCCAGCACGCCUCGAACGAGCCUGGCGGACGCCACAAAUGCAACAUAUGCGACGAGGUGUGUCCUUCAGGCCCGACGUUGGCCGAGCACAAGCUUCAGAAGCAUUGCAAGAUCCAAUUAAGCGACACCUGUGUGGUCUGUCGCGGUAGCCUAGCGUCUGAAUCGCAGUUCCUCGAGCACGUUCAGAGACACAGCCUGGAGACUGUGGACCCUCAACAGAGACUGGACGACUCCCUUCCUCAUCUUCCAGCAGCGUGUGUCGUUUGCAGGCAAACGUUGAUCAGCGACUUGGAGUGUCGGCUACACGCCAGGUACCACCUCAGGGUCUCGCCUAGUUCCCACAGUUCCGCGUCCAGUCCCACUCCGAAGCAGAAGAGUCAGAGUCCUGGUUGCUGUCUCUGCUUAAGGGAUUACUCCACUGACGACUUCGUCAGCUUACCUCCCAGUCACUUGAGCGGCGGAGGACAGUCUCUGAGAGUCUGCAAAUCUUGCUACAUUCGCCACUCUCAGGGACUCCCCAUUCUGAACUCGCCGUACGAGCAUGCACGAACCAAGUGCGAUAAAAGCUGGAUCUCCAGCAAGGAUUCGCAGUGGGACGGGUCCAGAGACAGGUGGGACGCCGAGCGUGUGUUCAAAGUGGAGGACAGGACGAACGAGGCGAAUGAUAGCAAGAGAUGUCCGGACUGUGGGGUGAAGUUUGAGGACCCUGAGGAGGCGGAGAAGCAUAGGCUCGCGGAACAUAAGAAGAUUGGAUCUAGUUCGAACACCUACACCUGCAUACAAUGCCAGAUGUCGUUUCCAACGGAAGCUAAGAUACAACAGCACGUCAGAAAGGAACACUUGGAGGCCUCGGGGAAGGCAUCCAUCGAGGCACUACGGUGUCAUCUGUGUCUCUUUGAGGCUGGCAGUCCCUUGCAGUUGCAGAGCCACUUGAUAGAGCACACUUUUGCUGGAUGCGCUGCUCUCGGCUGUUACAUCUGCCAGUCUCUCUUCACCGCGCCUAUCGGUCUUCAGAACCAUAUGCUCCAGGAGCACGGUUUAGGCGCUCGUCCGUACGACUGUUCUAAGUGCACCCUCAAGUUCUUCUUCAGAGCUGAGCUGGACCACCACGUGCUAACAUUCCAUCGUCCAGGAGAAGAAGCCUCUUCGCCUAACGGAAACGUGCAGAACGCCAUCGAAACGAAAGCAAAGGACGCGGAGGACCAUAAUUGCGACGAGGGCAUCACUGUGAAAGAGGAACUGCUGCUGCCAGACGCCGGCGACGAAGAGGAAGAGAUCAACGUGGAUGAACAAAUGGAAAACGAGGACCGAGAGGAUGACAAUCAAACGGAAACGGACCAGAAACCGAAGGCAGAGAUUCAUGCAGAAACUGUCCCUGACAAGGAGGAAUCGUGAUUAUCUUGAGAAGAUAAUUCAGAAUUAGUUUGGAUUGCUUGAAGGAACCAAGUACAAGCAUUUGAGAGAAUUAGGGUCGAGCCCGAUGGAACUAUGUAUAUACUCAAUGCUAAGGUGCUUGAUGAGUUGCAGGGGGUAUUGUUAGGGCAGUAGCUCCAUUUCACAGUUUUCUUUUUUUUUUUUUAUUCACAAAGACAUUAUGAUUUAAUAAAUUGUAGAACUUGAUGAAGAAGAUAAAAGAGCGUUGUUGAAGCUGCGAUCAGUAUGUAUGUAGAUAACUGUAAAUACGUUUCUAAUAGUUUCGUAUCGUACUCUUUUUUUCCCUUUAAAAUGCUUAUUUUUUUUUUAUUCUGUUAGUCAUCGAGCAAAGCUUCUUAAAAGAAUAAAGAAUAUCGUCAAAUUUUAAGGUAACGUUUCUACCUUGUUUCGAUGACAGGAGUCUCUAGUAAGGCCUGCACGAUAUAAUAAUGAUUUUGCUCGUUGGUCACUGCAUAAAGUUUGCAUCAGUGUCAAGGUAAAUUCUUUGAUAAUAACGAUUUCACGCUUUGUUCAUAGUUGAUUUGAACAUUAGAAUAGUAGCAGUUUAAUUGAAUUUUCAUUCAAUUUUGAUGGAGCCUUGUUUUUUUUUUUAUCUACUGUCCGUUAUUGUUUCAUAAAGAUUCCUUUAUAGUAUUACAGAGUAUUGUGAUAGAAUGAGUUGAGAGCGUAAGGCAAAGAGUAACCAUGAUACUGGGGUUCGAAAUUGUAUUAUAAUUCGAAACACCAAAUCCUUCGCAUCUUAAUAUAAAUAUUAAUAAAGCUGUAUCGAUUUUUGUACGUAAAACUUGAUAAUAGUUCUUCGAAACCGCCGUUAAUUUUAUUGUUCACGUUAAUAUUUGAACACUACACGAUGCGUUCAUUCUGUUACGAUACUAUUUUAUUCUAUUUAAAAAUGUAGGUAUAAGUCGCAAUGUUGAAUACCAUUGUCUCAUAAACAUCGUGUAAAACAAAUAAAGUGAAGGUCAACAUCUUA